AUGAAAAUUAAUAACAGAGAAUUUUUUUAGCCAGCUGUUAGUCUGCUACGUCAAAUUUUAUAUGAAAGGCUCGAAAGAGGAGGAAUGAAAAGGUAAAACUGAAUAGAUUGAAACAGUAUUUUUCUGGAACAGAUAUGAGGAAAAAAGGCCUUUUCAAAGAAGCCAAUGAAAAGCAUUCAGCUGAAAACAUCCCAAAGAAAUCUAGAAGUAAUAAAAAAACAUUGCCUGCUCAUGUUAUUGAAGAAAACAAUGUUGAAGGAUUUAACAGCCAUGAGGAAAAUUGCUUAAAGUAUUUCAGAACCAUAAUGGAAGAUGAAAAUAAAAUAGCCUCAGAUGAAAGAAACCUGAAUAAAAAAUUAGUUAAAAGAGGAUUUCAACAACCAGAAAUCAGUCAGUACAUUAAAGAUGUCUCGUCUGACAAUUACAACACCAACAAGCACCGAAUGAUUCGAAUCAUGUUUCUUGCUAACCAGCUUGCCAGAGACGCCGGUGUUGAAUUACUCAUUUUUGGGUAUUUCCCAAAUGUUACUGUGGGAAGUUGUGCAGCAUGGGCAUUUGGUGAAGAGACUAAAAAUUUUGUAAGGAAACCAACAGCCAAAUCUUUUCUUGAACAUUGGGAAAAUUUAUUUUCAUUAAAAGAAGAUAUACGUCAAAAUCCAGACAAGGCCAAUGUUGAUGUUGAAAAUGAAGAACCACAAACUGAAAAUGUUGAGUUAAACAAAGAAAAAGAAGUUGUUGGUGUUCAUGUAUCACACAUUGGUUCAGAAGGUGAAAGUGUGGAGCUAACAAAUAAAGAGUCAGAAGCUGGUGGUGUGGAGUCAUCAAACAAAAAGUCCUUUGAACCUGAGCAAAAACAUUUUCCAUCACACUUGAUUCAUGGAACACAACAUCCGUCCAGUACUUUUACCGUUACACUGACACAAAGUGAAGAUGGCACAUAUUUACCACCACCACAUCUCAUUGAUCAACUAGAUGCCUGGGGAUUAGGUGUGUCACCAUCACCCAUAAUUAAUACACUGGCUCCACCAUCAUCAGGACAGCUGUUGCUUGAAAUUGCAACAGAAUCGACAUCCGAUCGAACAGGGGCUUCAAAUGUGGCUGCGUCUGUACUUCCAGUUCCAGUAAAUGGUAAGAAAAAACGCCAAAAUAAUUCGAAAAAAACUAAAAGCUCAACUUCAGGAGAGAAUGCACAAACUAAAGGACAAGCUUCUCCAAAACGUCUGCCGGCUGAAUUAACAGCAAAGGCUGCUUCCAAUCCUUCGCUGCUCCAUCCUGUAACUUCGAGUGAAGCGCAGGUUCUGAUCACAGCGGUGAUUUCAGCUGCUAAUACUUCCAUUGGAAACCCAGUGUUGCGAUUUCGUGAAACCGGACAACCAGUUACAAAAAAUAAAGACUUAACUGCAGGAAAGAAGGUGCGCCAGAAAGAACAAGAGUCUCAAAAUCAUUUGCCGGUUGAAAUAACAACGAUGACCGCUUCGAAUCCUUCGUCGUUCCCUCCUGUAACUAUGAGUGAAACGCAAGUUCUUAUCUCUUCUCCUAGUCCACCGGUUUCAGUUGUCACUAUUCGCAGUGAAACACCCGAACUACCAACCCCUGAAACUGGACAAUGGGUAAAGGAAAAUGGAGUAUUGGCGUCGUCGGAUUCUGCAUCCGCUUCGAUUUUCAAUCAACACAAGCGGAAGAAGUGUGUCGAAAGUGAAACAAGUACUGAACAGAUAGGUUGUAACAAUUAG